CGCUGCCAGCCUCAGUACGGCCGAGAGCCUCACCCGAUCUCAGUCGCCGCCGCCACCGCAGGGAACAUGGAGCCCCCAGACGCCCGCGCAGGGCUGCUGUGGCUCGCCCUCUUGCUGGCGGGCCAUUCAGGUGCCCAGGCUGAGGUGCACGUGUCUGUACCCCCACUGGUGGAGGUGAUCCGAGGAGAACUGAUCACCCUGGACUGUACUGCAUGGGAGCACCCUGAGCAUUAUGUGAUGGAAUGGUUCCUUGUUGAUGCUUCUGGGGCCCGGCACCACCUGGCUUCUGUGGAACCACAGGGCUCAGAGUUCCUAGGCACAGUCCACAACUCUCGGGGCCGCAAACUCCCAUACAAGCUGGACUCCCAUGGGCGCCUGAUGAUAGAAGAUGCCCAGGUGGGGGAUGAACGGGACUACGUGUGCGUGGUGAAGGCUGGGGCGGCAGGCACCUCAGAAGCCACUUCAAGCGUUCGUGUGUUCGCAACACCGGAGGAUACGGAGGUGUCUCCCAACAAAGGGACCCUGUCUGUGAUGGACCCGUUUGCUCAGGAGAUUGCCACCUGCAGCAGCCGCAACGGAAACCCAGUGCCUCGGAUCACUUGGUACCGGAAUGGGCAGCGUCUGGAUGUGCCCAUGGAGGUGAACCAAAAGGGCUACAUGACCAGCCGCACCGUCCGGGAGGCCUCGGGCCUGUAUUCCCUGACCAGCACCCUCUACCUGAGACUCCACAAGGAUUAUCGGGAUUCCAACUUCCACUGUGCAGCUCACUACAACUUGCCCUCAGGCCAACAUGGCCGCCUGGACAGCCAUACUUUCCACCUCACCCUACACUAUCCCACGGAGCAUGUGGAAUUCUGGGUGGGCAGCCCAUCCACCACUGAGGGCUGGGUACGUGAGGGUGACACUGUCCAACUGCUCUGCCAGGGUGAUGGCAGCCCCAGUCCAGAGUAUUCAUUUUUCCGUGAGCAGGGUACCCAGGAAGAACAACUGAACGUCAACCUCAAGGGGAACCUGACCCUCGAGCGGGUGCGUCGGGGCCAGAGCGGAACCUAUGGCUGCAGAGUGGAGGACUACGAUGCAGACGAAGCUGUGCAGCUUGUCAAGAAGCUAGAGCUCCAUGUGGCCUACCUGGAUCCAUUGGAGCUGAGUGUGCCUGAGGAGCUCUCUGUAUUUCUGAACAGCAGUGGCACAGUGGUGAACUGCUUGUCUGGAGGCCUGCCUUCCCCUACUGUGCGCUGGACCAAGGAUUCUGUGACAAUUGCAGAUGGCCCCAUGCUCUCUCUUGACUCGGUUACCUUUGACUCGGCUGGCACCUACAUGUGUGAGGCCUCCACACCCAUAGUCCCCCUGCUGAGCCGCACACAGAGUUUCCAGCUGAUGGUCCAAGGCCCACCGGAAUUAAAACCAAAUGAGAUAAAAUCCAAAUCGGGGAACGGCUGGACAGAAGGCGAUGAAGUCAUGCUGACCUGCUCGGCCCGAGGCUUCCCAGAGCCCAAACUCACCUGGAGUCAGCGAGGCGAUACUCCAGGAGAGACGCCCUUUGAGGGCAGAGGUUGGACCAGCAGCUCGCUGAUGGUGAAAGUGACCAGCGCCCUGAGCAGAGAGGGCGUGUCCUGCGAGGCGGCAAACAUCCAUGGCAAGAUAGGCCACGUCUUCCACUUUGGCUCCGUGGCUCCUCAGACUUCCCAGGCAGGCGUGGCCGUCAUGGCCGUGGCCGUCAGCGUGGGUCUCCUGUUACUGGUGGUCGCCGCUUUCUACUGCAUGAGACGCAAGGGGCGCCCUGGCUGCUGCCGGCAGGCGGAGAAGGGGGCCCCGUAA